AUGGGUAGAGGAAAGAGAGAGAUGAAGAGGAUUGAAAAUUUAAAUAGCGAACAAUCCACCUUCUCUAAGCGACGCAAUGGGUGGCUCAAGAAGGCUAAGGAAUUGUCUGUUCUCUGUGAAGCUAAAGUUGCUGUCAUAGUCUUCUCUAGUACUGGGAAGCUAUACGAAUUCUCUAGCACUAGCAUGAAGAACACUCACACAAGAUACUGCAAAGGCGUGGAUUUAGAAUGGCUUGAACUUUCUCCUGAUGAACAUGAAAUAGAGAAACAGAAUGCACAUAGGGCAAAAGUGAACGCACUGAAAGAUGAAGUCUCACAACUACGGUUGACAUGCUUGCAGAUGAUGGGUCAACAACUAGAUCGCCUGAUCUUCAAAGAGCUGCGCCACCUGGAACGUCAAUUAAGUGAGGGGUUACUCUCUGUUGAGGAUAAGAAGGUGCAGAUGAUCAUUGAAGAGAAUGAAAAGCUGCAGAAAAAGUGGAGGAGCUUCAACGAAGUUCAUCAUUGUCAAAAUCAACAUUGCUGGAGUUUAAUCCAUUCGAAAGGAGAUUCUCUGUUGCAAGAACUGCCCAAACUGCUAGCAAUGAUGGAAGAGAGAAGGAAGAAGAAAGUGAUAAUGAUAUUUCAGUGACUUGACUGAAACUGGGCUGUCUUGUGAUGGUAAUAAGAAGAGGAAAGCAAGUAAGAGUGAGUCCAUGUGUAACAAUUCAGAGAGUCAAGUGGGCUCAGAGUGAUUCACUGUGAGAAGAAAUCAUUUUUAUGCAAUUGUUGUAUGUAGAAAGAAUAGGUUUUAAUUUUUAAUAAAGAUGGAAUUCAUAUGAACUCCAUCAUGACUAAUUACCAAAAUCGCAAUGGUACUCUAAAAUUCUUGUCAUGAACAGAAAAAUGCUUGUC